UUGGAGAUGGUAGGUGUAAAAUAAUUAUUUACUUCUAUUCAUUUUAGAUUACUAACUAUAUAAUUGCAUAUUAUUAAGUAAAUCAACAAACUUUCUAAAAUAGUUAGGUCAUAUAGACCAAAACCCAAACUAUGCACUGAAGCCUCUAUUAACACUGCUGUAGAUGAAGUUAAGAACGGGGCGGCGGUGUAUAAAACAGCUAAGAAGUAUCACAUUUCAAUUUCGAUGUUAAGAAAAAGAGUUUUGGAAGCAAAAGGUCAUUUCAAUAGAAAGAAACAAGGUCGCAAGAAUGACCUUUCUGGAGAGGAUGAAAACCAUCUAGCCGAAUGCAUCAAAAAGAUGCCAGAACUAGGCUUUGGUCUAACACUCAUAUAGCUCAGACAAAUAGUCCAAGACUUCGUUGUUAUGAAAAACUUAAAGACACGUUUCAAGAAUAAUAUGCCAGGUCAUGACUGGACAAGGUCAUUUUUGAAGCGCCAUAAGUUGAGCCUUAAGAAGGGAGGGCAGAUGCAAUUAGCCCGGAAGAAUGUAACCUCUGAUCCUUUUGUCAUAUACCGAUUUUUUGAAACACUGAACAAUGAAGUUGAGCGUCUUGGAAUAAACGAUAAACCCGAGUGUGUUUACAACUGUGCCGAAUUAGGGUUUCCAACAGACCCCUCAAAAUGUAAAUAUGUGGAUGAGAUUGGCAAGAAAUGUAUUCAAGUUACAAAUGGCUCAAACAGGGAAAAUACAACAGUCUUGGCUGUGUGCUGUGCUGAUGGUACUUCACUGGACCCCCUCAUCAUUUUUAGGGGAAAGAAUCUUCAAUCGACAUGGUUAGGAGCAGAUGGUCUAGAAAACACUUACUUUAGUGUAAGUGGCAGUGGUUGGAUGACCACAAAUAUAUUUGAUCAUUGGUUCAGAAAAUUUGCUGAGUCAGUAGUAGCAAGACCACUAUUGUUGACAUUUGAUGGUCAUAUGACUCAUUUGUCAACUGCUACAAUUGAUUUUGCAAUGGAGCAAAAUAUAUCCUCAAUAAAGUUGCCAGCCCAUUGUACAGAUGUGUUGCAGCCACUAGAUGUUGGCUGUUUCAAUCCCUUAAAGGUUGACUAUGAGCAGUACCUUACAGAGUUUGUGCAUAGAACUGGUGGAUGCCAAAAGCUUCAAAAACCUGCCUUUUGUAAUCUAAUUGGAAGCAUUUGGAAAAAAGGCUUGACAAAAGAAAAUAUCAUAUCUGCUUCCAACACUACUGGAAUUUUUCCAGUAGAUGAAACAGAGUAAAGGUUUCUCGCCUAGACAAAGUAAAACUAAACUCUUACAUGAAGUGGAGAGAGGAAGGAUUACCGGUUGACGAGGAUGGAUCUCCCAUCUUAAUCAAUCAAACCAAAGAAUCAAGCAUAGCAUUCAACCUAAACAGUUCAGAAGCAGAUAGCUCUUUUAACGAAGCAGUACAGGUGUCCGUGUCAAAUUGCAAACCUCCCUCAUCAAAACGCAAUAAGUCACCAAAGAAGUUACCCUUCUCUGUGCGUUCACUUUAAGAUUCCAUUGAUGAGGAAAGUGUCAAUUCAAGUUUUGAUGAUCCGAUGGCUUCCUGCAGUACACCACAUUCCAACCAAUUAAUGAAACCAGAGGAGAUCUUGAAGCUAUUAGAGCGUAAUGCACAUCCAGGUUAUAAGUAUGCAAUUACAUUUGUCCCAAAAGAGACGGACAGUCUUGAAAAGGUUUUAAAAAGAAAAUGUCAUCAAUAACAACAUCGACGUCAAGUGGAAAAGAUGCCCCAAAGAGACAAAAAAUUUCAAUGAAUGGAGCAGUAUUGACAAGUCCUGAGCAAAAAUUGCAGCCAAAAAGAAAGCAAAAGAAGACGAGGAAAAUGCAAAAAAAAGAAAAGAAGAGAUCAAAGGAGAAGCGAAAACAAGAAAAAGCAAAGGCAAAGAAGGCUAAGAGCCAAGCCAAGAAAAAUAAACAAUAUAAAAACAGGGGCCAUGAUUUCCGAAAAA